GCGCUCAGUUGACGUAGCCCAUCGGAAUAUGCACGCAGUAGCCUACCACUGCCAAUUUCAGUGUUGGCUGGUGUUUCUUUCGUUUAUUUAACCUUGGUGUGAUACCAAUCUUUAAUGUUGCUGUAGCCUUAGUAAUCAUAAACGAACAACCCCAUAGGCCUAUAUCAAUAUGCCAACGCAUAUUAAAGCCUAUUUAACGCAUCUUUUAGGUCGAGAUGGACUUGUCAACGAUACUGCUCCAAUUUCCUGCUGUUGAAAUCUUUCAGUUUAACUACAUUCAGGGUUGUGUGUUUACGUGCCGAAAAUAUGAGUAACGCUUUUUUAAAGCAUGUUAGAAGAUUUCCCUGGGUUACCAAUGUAACCCUGUACGGUUGCUUGUUCGCUGGUGGGGACUUCGUUCACCAAUGGUUUUCGCGGAAAGAAGACAUGGACUGGAGGCACACACGGAAUGUUGCCGUAGUCGCCUUUAGUUUCCAUGGUAACUUUAACUUCUUCUGGAUGCGUUUUCUGGAGCGGAGAUUUCCCGGGAAUUCUGUCGGUAUGGUUCUACGCAAACUUUUCUUGGACCAAACCACCGCUGCACCUUUGGCCACAACCGUGUUCUACACAGGGGUGAGUUUUCUGGAAGGCAAAGAUGACAUUUUGCAGGACUGGAGGGAGAAAUUCUUCAAUACAUACAAGACUGGCUUGAUGUUUUGGCCCAUCAUGCAGUUUCUGAACUUUGCUCUGGUGCCCCUGUACGUGCGCACCACCUUCACCGGCUGCUGUGCCUUCGUCUGGGCCACGUUCCUGUGUUUCUCCCGUCAGAGCGGAGACGGCACGGCCGCCGCCGCCCUCGUCUGGAUGUUCACCCCCAGACACGACACAGUUGAGCUGAAGGAGGAGCAACAUCCAGGCCCCACAGGGGAGGCUUCAGGACCGGUGGAAGAGAAACAUGAACCAGCACUCACACACAAUGAGCAAAGCUCCCCUGAUGUGAAACCAGGUUUAGAAGAGCAGGCUGCAGGGCAGAAAGAAGCAGAGUCCCAGGUGCGGAAAUAAAUUGUAAUUCUAACACAAGAAAAGUUGACUUCCUACCAAGGACACACAGGCAGCUAUUGUCAAGUGACAGGAUACCAAGCUGGAGAGUCACUCACAAGCACAGAUUCCAAAUAAUUUAUUUAGACAAUGUAUUAUAAAUAGACAACUAAUAUAAAACAUGUAUUUGGUCAAGCUAUGUUUUGAUAGAGUCAAUUUUGAUUCCAACUGUACUUGCCAGUUUCACUUUGUAAUUGGUGCAUUGGUACUGGAUAGACUGUGUUUUAUGACAUUGCUUAAAAUAUGUAUUUAUGCUCAUUUAAAAAUAAACAUAACAUGGAAUUCAGCAUCCACUAUACUUGAACCAUCAAUUUGCUUAUGCUUUCUAAGAUAGUUUUGUUAAGGUUUCCCUGGAUCUGCUGUGCGAAGACAAUUUUUCCUGUAUCCUAAAGAUAGUUUGAACUAAUCACAGAAGUUACUAUCUACUCAAUGUUGUGUUCCUUCGCAUUUUAUUCCACAAAGCUGACUGAACCUUGUAAUGUUAUUUGCUUGAAGUUUAUCUUUAUCUUUCCCUUGUUGUCAUGUUUAUGUCACAUAUUCUCAACCUGGUUUUAUCACAGAGUUCAUUAUAAUCACGCCUGUUAUGUUCAGCUGCUGUGUUUUAUCCUUCACUGGAAUCAGAUCCAAUUGUUGAUUACAUAUUUGUUAGUCCUUUCAUAAUUCUUUGUGUGCCAUACAUCAAACAGAUGACUACAAUGUAUUUAACUAAGGCUUAUAACAGUGGCAAAACUGAAGGGUGUUUAGACUCGGAAAGCAUGUGUUUGUUAUAGUAAUAUAAUUGUAUUAGCAUUUGAUUAAAGAUGUGUUGCACUAAUUUAAUAAAUUCCCCUAUUUCCAACAAUUUUUCAUCACUAAACAUUUUACUGUCUGAGAUUGUCUCAUUGUCACUGUAACUGGAAAAAGGUAGACUACUUCAUAGAAGAAUAACAUUCUGAAGAUUUUUUUUUUUGAUAUUUCUGGUCAAACCAUGUCUGAAUGAACCGAAGAAUUGUUGCUGUCUCAACAAAUGCACACUUUCUUUGCUUUAUAAAAACUUGGGAACAACCGCGAAAUGCUUUGUAAUGCAUUGUUAUACAAUGUUUGCUUUGGUGGUCAAUGGCUUGUCAGGCUUAGACUAGCCUUGUUUUUCUCAAUAAUAUGAUUUGUAAAGUUGGUGCACAGAAAU